AUGUCGUCAAACACGCCGAAAAAGAAGUCCGGAGAAACAAAAAGAAGAGCUGAGAAGAUAUCACCAAACGGACCGAAGGGAAAUACAAAACGCAUUGCCGAAGGAUCGAAAGGGAAAGGAAAAGGAAACAAAACUGCACCGAGUGGGAAAAAGGACGAGGCGGAAAGCAUUGGGGAAGGAUCCGAAAGGAAACCGAGUCAAACACCACCGAGUAAGAACAGAGACAAUGUGGACAGCGCUUCUAGAGACGAGUCAAACGCGCCGGCGGGCAGUAAAUCCUCACAAGAUUUCGAGUGUGUCAAAUUGGUCGUUGGAAAGAAGCGAUUCUAUAUUCCGAAAUGGAGACUGUGUAAGGCCUCCCGGUACUACGACAAAACUUUGAACGGGCCGUGGAGAGAGUCGCAAACUGGAGAGGUCAGGAAUCCUGACGAUGUGUCUGUCGAAACAUUUGAGAUCUUCGCAAAUUGGAUGCAAACGGGGAAGCUGCUCAUUUCACGGGAAGAGCAAGACGAAAACGAUGAGACUGACAGCGUCCCUGGAUCAACUGGCAGCUUUGAGGACACAGAGGGCGAGGACGAGCCAGAUAAAGAUCAUGAUCGUGAAGAGGAAGUGGUCCCCACGCUCUCGAAAGACCUGGAAGAUAAAUGGAAGGAGGACUUAAUCAUUCUCCGCGACUUAUACAUCUUUGCCGACGAAUACGAUGUGCCAGGUCUAUGCAAAGCUAUUAUCAACAAGAUGGAAUGGAGAUGUUGGACUGGAAGACUUCCUUUCAUAGAGGGGCUUACGCAAGAGAACAAGCCCUCCAACGUUUUAACAAGCCGGAAUGGUUUCCUUAUUUCUUCAAUAACUGCUACUACCACGAGCAUGUAA